AUGGAUUGCUUUGCAUUUAACAGCUGCCCCACCAUCCCAAUGUCUAUUUCUUUUGCAGUAACUGCUGUACUCUGGCUUGUGACUGGAGAACUGCCAGAGGGGAACCAGAAACUGCUUGGUAGUAAUGGAGUGGCUAAGUUCCAGUCAGGCCUCUCGGUGGGGAACACCUUGGUGAGGCGGCAGGGUCAGUGGUGGGUCCCCAUCGUCCCUGAGAACCAGCUUUUUAUCUUCAGCAGUGAUCCUAUCACGCUCCUCACUAGUGAAGAUUGUGCUGAGCAACUGCUGACAGUCAUCCCAGGUGGUACUAUGGAAAUCUAUAAUAGACUCAAAAAGAUAAAAGACUUCCACCAGAAGCACCCAAAGCAGAUUUGUGUGCCAAUGUCAGUGGAAUUUGAGGAGGUCCUGAAAGCCAGAGAAGAUCUUAGUGAAGAAGCACAAAACUUGGUGGACUUCACUGAUGAAGAAGGCUAUGGCCAUUACCUGGAUCUUUAUGACUGUUACCUUAAGUACAUCAACCUAAAAGCAUCUGAGAAACUGGAUUAUAUCACAUAUCUGUCCAUCUUUGAUCAGUUAUUUGAUCCAAAGGAAAGGAAGAAUGCAGAGUACAAGGGGUACCUGGAGAUGCUGCUUGAGUACCUCCAAGACUACACAGAUAGGGUGAAGCCCCUGCAAGACCAAAAUGAGCUGUUUGGGAAGAUUCAGAAAGAAUUUGAGAAGAAGUGGGACAAUGGUACCUUUCCAGGCUGGCCCAAAGAGACAAGUAGUGCACUGACCCAUGCUGGAGCCCACCUUGACCUCUCUGCAUUUUCUUCCUGGGAGGAGUUUGCCUCCUUGGGUCUAGACAGACUGAAAUCUGCACUUUUGGCUUUAGGACUAAAAUGUGGUGGGACACUAGAAGAGCGAGCCCAGAGACUGUUCAGCACUAAAGGCAAGUCCCUGAAAUCACUUGACUCCUCUCUGUUUGCUAAGAAUUCUAAAUCAAAGGGAACCAAAAGGGGCACUGAGAGGAAUAAAGACAUUGCUUUCCUUGAAGCCCAGAUUUAUGAAUAUGUAGAGACAUAAAG